CUCCAUUUGCUAUUCUCUCCCCCCACCACACACACCUAUCUGGUGGUGGUGGGCGUUAUAUUUGCGUUUCUUUUCAUUCAUUUUCAAACCUUUUUAAAUUUGAGGGUUGGGGGUGGUGGGGACAGGCAGGGAAGGGGAAGGCAGCAGACGGGGCAGAAGAGGAGGUGGGGGACAUGGAGAUGAAGAAGAGGAUUAACCUGGAGUUAAGGAACAAAGCCCCGGAGGAGGUGACAGAGUUAGUCCUUGAUAAUUGCCGGUGUGUCAAUGGGGAAAUUGAGGGCCUGAAUGAUACUUUUAAAGAACUAGAGUCUCUCAGUAUGGCUGAUGUGGAACUAAGUUCACUGGCCAGACUUCCCAGCUUAAACAAACUUCGAAAGUUAGAACUUAGUAACAACAGUAUUUCCGGAGGCUUGGAAGUCCUGGCGGAGAAAUGUCCAAAUCUUACCUACCUCAAUCUGAGUGGAAACAAAAUCAAAGAUCUCAGUACAGUAGAAGCUCUGCAAAAUCUGAAAAAUUUGAAAAGUCUUGACUUGUUUAACUGUGAGAUCACAAACCUGGAAGAUUAUAGAGAAAGUAUUUUUGAGCUGCUGCAGCAAAUUACGUACUUGGAUGGAUUUGAUCAGGAGGAUAACGAAGCGCCUGACGCAUCUGACGAGGAGGAUGACGAUGAUGGAGACGAAGAUGAUGAGGAUGAAGAAGAUGAAGCUGGUCCGCCUGAAGGAUAUGAGGAGGAGGAGGAGGACGACGACGAGGAGGACGAGGAGGAGGACGAUGAAGCAGGCUCAGAACUUGGAGAGGGUGAAGAGGAAGUGGGCCUCUCAUACUUGAUGAAAGAAGAAAUCCAGGAUGAAGAUGAUGAUGAUGACUAUGUUGAAGAAGGAGAGGAAGAGGCAGAAGAGGAGGAGGAAGGUCUUCGAGGGGAGAAGAGGAAACGAGACGCUGACGAUGAUGGAGAAGACUAGAUGGUUCUGAGAGCAGAUUUCCUAAUUCUCGUGGGCCGGCGACAGUGCCGGCGCCGGCUGCGUUUCCUCAUGUACGAUAGCUGUCCGAAAAUAACGUGUAGCUUUUUACAGAAAAAGUGUGGUUUUACUAUUUUUGCCUUUUUAUCAUUCCAAGUAAGAUUAGUCUGUUAAUGCUCAUAUUGUACGUAGAGAAAAAUCUCAUGGACCCCUCCCCCAAUUUGUGAAACUCCCUAGAAAUUUAUUUGGAAUCUUAAUUUUUCUAAUUCAGGCUCACUGCAUUAGUCAUUUUUAGCCCCUAAUUAAAACGUGAUAGCUUUUACACAGCUAUAGUAUAGUGCAUUUCAUUCAUAAGGUUUUAAAGUUAUUUAUAAACUAACGAAAUCACAGUUGGCUGUGAUACGAAAUGACAGUAGUCUCUUGAAUGAUGAGUUGGUUAUUUUUUUAGAGAUGACCCAGAGAUCUUUGGUUUGAAGGCAGUGACAUUUUUUUUGCUUUGGAUAUUUGGGCGCUUCUUUGUCACAAGAGUUACCUGGAAAGUAGAAGUAGAAUAGUAAAGGCUGUAUCCAGCAAUAGAGUUCAUGGAGUUUGUGGAGACUUCUAAACCUCUUUAAGCCAGGUGGCUGGUAAGAUUUUAUUUUUGAAGGAAAAAUUGCUUCUAGUAAGUUCAGAGCCAUGCGGGUGAACGCUUUCUUCUUCGGGCUGCAGAUCCUAACAUGCGAGAGGUCGUUUGUUUUUAGGUAAUGUGUUCUUUUUCCUCCCAGCAAUUCCUUUAGGAUCGCCUCUCUUUCUCGUUUCCCUCCCCUCCCUCUGUGUCAAAAAAAAAAAGUUGGCUAUCCAGGAAAACCUUUAGUCUUAUACCUCAACCACCUUUUCAGACCUGAGUAGGUUUUAAACAAGCUAAGUAAGAGAAAUUGAGUAUUUUCUCAGCUACAAAUGUUAUCAUCCUUGUAGUCUUGUGCAACGGCCUCUGCAUACUAUAAAUCUCUUUUGGUUGACAACAUGUACAGACGAUACUAGUAGAUAAAGAAAAGAAGCAAGGGAGGCUUUGGGAAGCGGCCUUAUUGUUUCUCAAAAGUCAGAACAAUUGCCUGUUGAUAAUUAAUGAGACAUUCAAGUCAGUAUUUUUAAGUUGGCCUCCCAAAUGAUUUGGAUACCACUGUACAAAAUAUUUUUAGUUUUCCUGAAUAGAACCUUUUUUCUUCCCAUAGUAACAAAGGAUUAUUAGAUAUUACGACAUUUGAUUGGGGUCUACUAGGCAGUUGGCAAAAUAUUUGGAACUUAAAAUUAAGAUUUGUUUUCAAAUAGAUGGCCAUUAAAAGUAGAAAAAUAUUUGGGAUAAGUGUGAGUGUGCCUGUAUGCCUUUCCUUGUAUGGCUACUAAAAAAUAUAAUGAGCAGACAAGUGUAUAUCCCUUUUUAUCAUGGAGGCUCUUGCUUUUUUAAUCUUGGCUAUCUAAAUUUCCUUCUCUUUUGAAUAUUUGCAAAAUGUUUUAAAGUUAAUGUCAGCAAAUUAAUUGACAUUACUCUUCCAUACUGGGACACACUUAAAUUACUUAGUACUUCUUUAGUUUAAAAUGUAUGAGUUUUGAGUUUUAAAGUAAAAAUUAUGAAGUUAUUUGUAGAGAAACUAAAAAGUCACACAACUGACUGAAAUGAAAUCUUGGGAUCAGUUUAGUGGGGGGAUUGGAAUCCCCGAAAGACUAACAUUUUACCGCUUUUUAAUAACGGAAAUGCCCUGUUUUAGUCCCUGGGAAUUCUCAGCACAUAGUAUGCCAGGUUAUAAAUUAGUUAUUUUUAAAAUUAAAUCUAUAUAUUGACUUUCUUAUCAAUCAUCUUACUGUGCAAUCAAAAGUAGAGUUCUUUGGUUUGAAAACAACACUUAGAGCCUCCAGAUAACUUUUAAAACUUAUUUAGCUUUGUGGGUGGUAUUUUCAUGCAAAUAAGUAAGGGUGGGUUUUAUAUUUUGUAGCAGUUUUUGGUCCUAUUUUAAUGCUCUUUGUAUGGCAGUAUGUAUAUAGUGUGUUCCUCAAGAAUCUCUCUUUAAAAAACUUUGAAGUUAAUACUUUUGUGCACCUGUGUUUUAAAUAAAGCCAUGACAGUGUUCAAACAAACAAACAAUGCAGUACUCCCGGUCAUUCUUCUAUUGUUUCUGACUGUUCCUUGUUUUUUCUGUGACUACUGUAACUUAAAGUUUUUGAAACUGAAUUGCUUCAAAUAAAUUGAAGAUUUGUUAUAA